AUGACAACUACCGAGCAGGAUUCGCCGGCGGAAUUGCCCGACUUGAAAGAGGCUGGCGACAAGCCAGCAGGAGGGAAAUCAACCCACCCGUGGUUGGCUGCUAUAAAUGACUACAUAACCCUCACCAAACCCCCCAUUAUCCUGCUUUUGCUGGUUACCGCUGCCGGCGGGAUGUUUCUUGCCCAGGCGCAGUCGGCAGCCGGCGGUUUGCCGUCGUUAGGCUUGAUGGCGCUGGUCUGGCUGGGAGGGGCAAUGGCGUCGGGGGGAGCCAAUGCCCUUAACCACCAUUACGACCGGGACAUAGACGGGGUGAUGCAGCGAACUCGGCAGCGACCGGUAGCUAGCAACCGUAUUUCUCCAGCGAAAGCCCUGAUUUUUGGGAUAACUCUCAACGUAUUGGCAUUUGCUGUCCUGACAGUGUGGGUCAAUUGGCUUGCGGCGGUGCUGACCCUGGCCGCAACCCUUUUCUAUGUGCUCGUCUAUACCCGUUGGCUGAAACGGAGCACGCCCCACAACAUAGUGAUAGGCGGGGCUGCCGGGGCUAUCCCUCCUAUGGUGGGCUGGGCGGCGGUUACCGGUACGGUGGAACUGCCAGCAGUGUAUCUCUUUGCCUUAGUCUUCUUCUGGACUCCACCCCACUUCUGGGCCCUGUCACUCCUAAUCCAGAAAGACUACGAGCGGGCUAACGUCCCAAUGCUUUCAGUGGUGGCGUCGCGCGAUUUUACGGUGUCCACCAUAUUCCUUUAUUCGCUGGUGAUGGUUGGCGUGACACUGAUGUUCGCCUUGACCGACGCAGUGAGUUGGAUUUAUUCAGGUUCUGCAUUGGUCCUUGGCGGUAUAUUCGUCUGGAUGGCGUGGCAGCUGCGGCAGAGCGAGAGCGCUGCCAAUGCCAAAAAGCUGUACCUGUUUUCCCUCCUUUAUCUCGGGCUGUUGUUCGUGGCAGUAAUGGUGGGCGCGGCCACGGGAUACUAG